CACUUUGUAUUGUGAAAGUGCUGUAGGCCGACAUAAGCGAUUGUGCUUUAUAUUUCUUAAUAUCAACACUGACACAUUUCAUGUGGUUCUUAACUCCAAUUGAAUAACCGUACUAGGCACGACGGAACAAACAGAAGUUGCAUACUGUAUUGUAAAGUGUUGAUUUCGCUCAUGCUGAGAUGGAAAAGGGGGCUUGAGGCGACUUUUGAGAUUCCCUUUUUUGGUCUUUUUCUUUUUCCUUCAAUCUUUACAAUAUGAAAAUAAAAGUGAAAUCUUGGAAUAUGGUCGCUCAAUGGUCUUGGGAUGUAAAGGAAGACGACGAUGUUUGUGGAAUUUGUCAUUCAGAAUAUGAUGCAUGUUGUCCAACUUGCAAGAUGCCAGGAGACGAAUGUCCUUUGAUCUGGGGUGAAUGUACACACGUUUUUCAUUUACAUUGUAUCAUGACUUGGUUUCAGAAUUCGACGCAUGGAGAACGAUGUCCCAUGGAUCGACAACCAUGGAACACAGCUAGUGCAUCAAAUUAAAUAUUACUAAAGUAUCAAGCAAAGCAUUAUAUACAGCUACUUUAUCACUAUUUAUUGUAAGCCUCAGCGUACAUGUGGAGAACACGAAAAAAGUGUAAUUUGAAUGUUAUUGAGACUAUAGAGAACGAAGGAAUACAGCAUAUGACUUAUAAUCAUUGGCUAAUUAUAUAAUAAAGCCUUGACUUAUUUCAUUAGAUUAAUAUAUGAAAAAACAAAUAAAGCUACUAUUGAUUAUGAUGUACAAAGGCCAGAAAGACGCCCUGCUUUGUAUUAUGCUGAAAAAGUGUAUAGGCAUUUACAAGCCUCAGAUACAGGUAACAC